CGGUGAGAAGUUGGAAGUAGUUAUAGUCAAUAGUUACUGUAGUAGCAUGGAAAUGUCACAUCUACUCGAAUUUCCUCUAAAUUUGUACUCCGAGCCCGACUAUUGCCUUUAUAGGGUCUAAAAUGGGGAAGAUAUAUGAUUUGCUAAUAGAACCUUUCGUAAACAUUGUCGAAAAAAGACGUUCACAGAGGGAGGUGGCAUUAAGAGAGGGCAGACCACCAACAGAUGCGCUGGCGGUCAAUCAGGGAAACAGAGCGACCCCUGCAGUAUUGACUCAGCGAGACGAGGCAACCUCAGAGGAGCUGUCUCGAAAGGAGGAGGAAGAAUGCCUCACCUGUAAAGUAAUCGCCAUCUCUACCUUGAUGAUGUAUGGGACUGCCAUCAUACUUAUUCCCACCACUGAGAAAUACAAACAAAGCAUGAAAAAAUACCUUGCAAACAAAAACUAUGUACUGUUGAUAUUUGCAGUUCAUUCUUUCGUUGGAAGUGGUUGUUUUGCAGGUGCUGUUUACCAAGGUUAUAAACUAUCAGAAAUGCUAGCUCGUCGGAAAAGUGUGGAGGAAUAACCCUGUUUUGACUGCAUAACUAUUUUACAAGUGUAUUUAUCUGGCGUACUUCUCUUUUUGAAGUUCAUUUUUUUUUUGGUAUGCAAGUGAUUGUUGCUUUUAAAAUAACAAACGAUGUAAGAAGAUUUGACCCUGUCGUUUUUUGUACCGCUGCACAACUUUAUGUAUCAUUUUGUAUGCAUUCUAAAAUGCAUUUAUGUCAAUAUGUUUUAUUACUAAGAUAUAUUAAAGACAGACAAAAUUAA